AUGAGUAGAAUUAACUUCUUAUUAAUCAAAAAAUCUUUGAUUUUAUUUUUACAUGUUGUCACAGUAAAAAGUAUUGGAUGUCCUUUCUGGCAAAUUGGAUCUAGCGAUACGAAUGCGAGCCCAAUUUAGAAAAUCAUUCUUCUGAAAUCGAAUCCCUAAAAUUAAGUAGAAGACAUAGCAGCGAUUGUCUAUCAACCAUUUAAUGUAGGUAUUUUUAAUAUUCAGAAAAAUAAAUAAUACAAACCGAUGGGGUAAUCUGAGAGUGUGACACUCUAUCAAAUGGAUAAAGAUGAUAGACCUUAGCUUAAGGUUUCCGUAAUAAAUACUCUAGAUGCAAAUGGAAGAGUUAUUUCGUGGAAUUCUGGAAAUGGAUCUAGAUAAUAAGUGAUUUAAAUUCCUCUGAGUAUUGCUGUAAAACCUAACUCUUGCUUAAAUUCACAAGAAAUGCUAGUUGUAACAUGGGAUACAUAAUCACUAUUUGUUGUUGACUUUUCUUCUCCAAACAAUGUAAGCUCUAAUGCGUAAGCUCUUUAAUUGGCUUCUGGAAAUAGUUUAGCUUAAUGUGUUAAUGAUAAGCUAAAUAGAAGAUUUUUACUUGCGAAUACUUAGGGAGUCAUAUUUUCAUAUGACAUUUAAACUAAGAAGUUUGUUUAACUAUUUUAGCUCAAUUCUUUUUCUAGUUUACAGUCAAUAUUCCCAACUUAGAAUACUAUUGCUAUUUCUUACGCACAAAUAUCUGGAUAGAGCUAUGCUGUUUCUUACAUAAAUUCUACUCUCCAAUUCUCACAAACGCUCCCUAAAGUUUCAACAUAGAUUUUAGUGAAUAAACAAGAAGAUCAAGUAGUAAUCAUAGGAAAUUCUAACUUAUUCUAAGUUUGGAACAUUAAGUUAAAUCAGAAAGUAUAUUAACCUAAUUUUCAACAAAUUAAGUGUGAUUAAAAAGACGCAAAUUAAACAAGUGUUGAUUCUUCUAUUAGCUUUACGUUUGGAUCAAUCAAUCAAAAUGAUGAAAUUGCUGUAGUAUCCAAUAAUUAUGUAUUUGCUUAUUCUAUGUCACAAUAAAAACCUUUGCUUUUUAAAAGUUAAAACUUUGGAGUGUAUCUUAUCCAAGCUUUUGUUCUUUAAAAUAAAAUAAUUUUGAAUUAGCAAUACUCAGUGGCUAACUUUGAUUUACUUAUUUCUAAAUACCUUUAUGUUACAAACGUCUUUCCAAGCUAUAAAUCAUCUUAUGAUGUAAUAACAAAAAUUGAGAUAGAUUCUAAUUUGAAUAGAAUAAUCAGGAUAGAUCUAGGAGGUAAAAUUUAAUACUGGUCUAUUUUGGAUAACAUAGAAGAUAAUUUUAUCUUUUACAUGCCUACUAACUCUACUUUUUUCAUAGACAGAUAAUUAAAUAAGAUGGUCUAAUUUUCUUACUAAACUAACAGUGGAGGUUUAAAUCAAUUACUUGUAUAUGACUAUCUUUAGGGAACAUUAAUUGAUAGACUUAAUAAUCCUUUUACUAGUAGUGAUAGUCAAGUUUAUUAGGCUUAUCAAGAUAAGACAAAUGGAUAUAUCGUAGGUUUCAUAUUAGAAAAUACCUGUUAUACGAUAUAUAAAUUUAAUAAAAACCUUGACCACUCUAUGGUUUUUAAAGGUGUUUUAAUUAACAAUGCUAAGAUUAAUGGACCUAUCAUAUUACUAGAGAGUAGCUAGUAAAUGUUGGUAUAAAUAAAUUAAAAAUUAUAUUUGUUUAACUAUUUCUAUUCAAGUGGAAAUUAAAAUUAACCUAUCAGCUUUUAAGGUUCCGAUGCAAUUAUCUCUUAAUACUUUUUCAUCAGCUCAACCAAUUAACUAGUUACCACUUAAUAAUAGGCUAUUUAAAUAUACAAUUAUAAUAGUAAUUAGCUAAGUUUGACGAAUUCAAUAAGUUAUUAUACAGGGAGUAGUAUCUCAAUAUCUUUAGUAUAAGAAUAAUAGAUAAUUAUUUUAAACAGAGGAAAUCAGCUAUUUCUUAAAAACUAUCAAACAAUGCAAGAAAACAUAUUGGAUUUUGUUGAUUAAUCUGUUCUUAUGUACACAUAUGAUGGACCUAGAGCUCUUUUGAUUAUCAUUUUAGCUAACUUUAAAAUAGAGGUUAUAAAUAUUGCAUAAGCCAAAGUUCUCUAUCUUUUACAACUUAAUAAUAAUGCUUUGCAAAUGAUGGAUAUAUUUCCUCAAUAUAAUUUAGUAGUUGUAUCAUACCAAAACGGAUAAGUUAUUUACUACAAUUACAUUACAAAUAACAUUCUCUCAAUUUUCAAUAACCAGUUUUUUAACAAUUUGGAGCAAUUAGAUAGUAGGUCCAACUCAUUAGUACUAAAGUCUAACCUAAAGAUUUUCACAAGAAGAAUGACAAAUCUAGGAUUGAUAAAUUAGAUUUAAGAAUAAGUAGCUAUCAAUAGUUACUUUAUUGACAUCAAAAGUGGUUUGAGUUUCACUUUAACAGACAAAGUAAAAAUCUUCAAUCACUUAACAUAACAGUACCUUCCAAAUUUUAACAGCAAUAUAAACUAUACACCUUAUAUUAUAUACUCAAUUCCUUCUUAAAACUGGUUAUUUCUUGGAUUUUAAAAUUCAACAGUAAAUCUUGCUUAUGUUUACAGACUUGAUAAUUAUUAAUAAAUAGCAAUACUGGAUCACAAUAUUACUUAAUGUAAUUUAAUUAAAAAAAUUUAUCAUGAUGUUAAAAUGAAUAGAUUGUUUUCUGCUUGUAAAACACCUGGAACUGUAGUUGUUUGGGAUUUAAACAACAAUUUUACUCUUAUAUAGUCUAUGCUAAAUGCAAAUCCAACUUAAGUUUCUAGUAUAUCAUUCAACUAAAACUUAGGAAUUAUCACUAUGAUGGGAUUAUCUUGGUGGUCAAGCACUUUUGAUUAUAACACAUUAAACUAUAAAUGCUAAGUUGUUGGAAUCUAUAGUAAUUUUGAUUAUACAAAUAAGUAUUAAGUUACUUGGGAUCAAAACGGUGAUUUUAGGCUUUAUGAUUACAAAUGUACACAAAUAGCAUAUAGGCACUGUGCAAAAAGUUGGAUUAAUCAACUAAUAAUAGAUGAGCAACAAAUGAUCAUAACAACAAUAAGUUAGGAUAACAAAGUAAAAACAUAUAACUACUAAAUCCUGCCAAAUCCUGCCCUUUUAAACUAAUUGAUUCUCCCAUAUUAACUUAACGAUGGUUUUCUAGACAAAGACAAUGGAUAUCUUUUAGUUGCAGAUUUUAAUGGUUACAUAUAUAUGAUAUCAUAUCCUUCACUGAUUUUGUAGUAAACAAUACAAGUCACAUCCUAAAAGAUAAAUAAUGUCUAUUUAGAUAAAACUCACAAUUUAUUUUUAUUUGUUAGUUAACCUGCAUAAACUAUCUCUUACUAUAACUUAAUUGAAUUUCUUUAAUCUAAUGCCUACUCAGUCUCAUUCAGAAAUACAGGUGUAAUGUCUACUUUAAGUACAAAGCAAGGAAUGAUAUUCCAUUAACACACAAACAUUAUAUAAGUUUGGGAUUACCAAAAUCAAUCUCUUAGAUAUGGAUUUUUUGUAAAUAGUUAGCUUCCCUAAUAUGAAUCCUAGAGUAGGUUUGAAAUAUUAUUGGGGCAAGAUAAUGUUAGUGCUUUUAUGACUAGAGAUCAAAUCAUAUUCUUUAAUAUAAAUACAUUUGACAUUAUAUAUGUCUAAUAAUUAAAGUGUUUGAGGAGUACAUAACUUAAUAACUAUUUUAUAUGUUCUCAAGUUAAUGUUUUGACUAUUCUGAAUGUUAAUAGUUUUGUUUAAAGUUAGACGAUUCAACUAUAGUAAAGCUCUGUUGUUAUAUAGUUACAAUCUAUAUUAGAGAUUAAUACCUUUUUUGUAACUACAUCCUAAGGAGAAAUUAUAUUUUUUACUCUUGACAAUAAUUAAAACAUAUUUUAGCAAUAGUUAUAUUCCUAACUAUUAACAUAAGCUAUUGCUAAUUAUUGUUUUAUUAGAUUGAAUUAAAAUUACAUGAUUUUAGCUUCUUCUUUUGAUGGGUAAAUUGGAUAAAUGGUACUCUCAUAAAAAUUGAAUAUUCUUAACCAACAAAAAUUACCUUUACCUGGUUUAAGUUCUCAUGCUCAUGUUAUGCUACAGUUCAAUAACUAAAUAUUUAUCAAAAGAAUACUCGAUUUCUCUUUAAUUAUAUACAACUCUAAUGAUUUCACUUAGUUUAGUACUCUCCCUAGCCCCUGUAUUGGAUACUCAUACAAAUUAGAUAUCAAUCAAGAUUAUGACCUAAUUAUUUAAAGUUGCAUAGGAAACUACUAAAUUAAUUAACUUUCUUCAUUAAAAAAUGUAGCUACUGGAAGGUAUAUUGCAAAUCUGAAUCUUACAGAAUAUGUUUAUACCCCUGAUUGCAAUUAAAUUGUCUACAUAAACAAAGAUUACUUCAUAGAUGCUUACUUCACCACAAUUUUUAUCUAUUAAAUAGAUUAUGCUAAUUAAAUAGUAAAAUAAUUAGGUAAUUUUUAAUUAGGUGAUAUUGUUUUAGGGAGCAUAGCUUCUUACAAUACUUUUAGUUCAACAGACAAUAUUUAUGUUUAGUUAAUUUUAUAUUCUCAGGAUACCAUUUCCUAAGUCUAGUUACCUAUUUUUGGAGAAAAAUCAUGCUAAUAAUCACUCUCAUCAUCAUAAUUCGGCGAAGUGGUACUUUCUGUAUAAAGCGUUUACUAACAAAUAUAAACAUACUUUUAAAUUCAAAGUAUACAAUUUAAUGUUAUUAUAGAUUAGGAAACUAUUUUACUACCUUUUCCUUCUUUUUAAUUUUCUGCAAUUACUUAAAUUAGCAUAGUUGCUGAUCAGACUAAAACUACUAAACAAAAAAUAAUUGUUAAUGAGGAAAUAUUUUUUUCUUUUUCAGGUUAUAACUUAAUUUCAUUAAAUAAUUUGUACAUAGAGCCUGCUUCUUCUCAAAAAGAUUACCUGCUGUUUAAUAUUCAAAAUUUAACUUAAUUUCAACUAAAUAAUGUCUAAUUAGGUAAUGAAAAAUUAUUUUCUUUCAAUUUUAAUUACAUAGAAAGUGUGGUCUUUGAUUAGCUAUAGAUUUUAAAUAUGACAUAAUCAGCAUCAAAUAUUGUAACAAUUUUCAAUUUCUAGUAGGUGAAUAAUAUGAUUUUUAAUCAAAUCAACGUAUCAUAGUCUAAUUUCAGUUAGAUCAAUCUUUUUUACUUUUAAAAUGAUGUUAACAAUAACAAAAGCUUGAUUAGAUUUUAAGAUUUGUAAAUCCAGUAAUCAGAAUUUCUCUUUAGAGAUGAUACACCAAGUACUUCAACCAUUUUCAUUUCUAAUUAUAAUAAUGUCUCAUUUGAUAGAGUCAAUAUAAAUUAAAAUUCAGGUACUUCUAUACCUCUAAUUAAAAGUUAUGUUGUCUCUAAUUUAACGUUAAGUAAUAUCAAGUUUACUAACAAUAAAGAAAUUAUGCUACUUUCAUAUAAUAGUAGCAUAAGUUAAGUUAUUGCAAAAGUAGCUUUAAAUUAGCAAUUACUUGAAGAUAAUAUAAGAAUUUGGGUUAUAAAUAUAUCUAGUAACUAGUACAGCUUAUUUUCAAAAUACAGCAUUGUAUAAAUUAAUAGCCUCAAAUAGAAAAUUUCAAAAGCUGAUAUCAAUAACAAUAUUGAUUUAAAUUCGUCUAACUAAAUUUUGAAUUUAAAAGCUUAUUAUCUGAAUUGCACAAAUGCUACUUUUAUACAAAAUUAAGGGUUUUAAAAUUUAUUUUUUGUCCCAAAUACUUAAUUAGGUAAUUUUUAGAACUUAGUAGUUUGGAAUAACUAAGCUGCUUAAAGUAUUUUAUUACUUUCUUCUAAAGUAUAAAUAUCUAAUUCGUCUGUGAAAGAAAAUAUAUCUAACAAUAAAUUAUUCUAAACCUCUGUGAUAAACAUACUUUCAAACUCAUAAGUUUCCUUAUCUUCAUCUGAGUUUGAAUCUAACUAAUCCUUUUUAGGAGGUUCAAUAUAUGUAUCUUAAAGUGAUUUGUAAAUAGAAUAAGUUUCCUUUAAAAAUGAUAUAAGUUAAAACUAAGGAGGAUCUAUAUAUUCAAUAUAAUCCACUCUUAGUUUAAGGUAAAGCUAAUUUACAAACUGCUCUUCUGAUCUAGGUGGAAGCAUAUACAUAUAAAAAGGAAGCAUACAAUUAAAUUCUGUAAAUUCUUCAAAAUCAACUUCUAAUCAAGAUGGAGGAUUUUUAUAUGCUAGUGGUAUAGAAUAAUUUAUACUAUCUAAUUUAAAUCUAUAGGACUGUAUAGCUUUUAAUGAUGGAGGGUGUAUAUAUCUAACAUCGUCUGGUGGAAAUAGUUCUUCUAUAACCCAGUCUUUAAUUUAAAAUAGCUAAGCUUUUGGGAGUGGAGGUGCUAUUUUACUUGAUAAUACUGAUUUGUCCAUAAACUAAACUUAGUUUGUAAACAAUACUGCUGGAAUAGGUGGAGCCAUAAGAUACUUAAAUCUAAAACCUCACUUUUUAAUUUAAAACUCUAAUUCCUCAAAAGAUUCUUGUAAAACAUUUAGCCAAAAUCAUUGUUAACAGAAUAAAGCUAUCAUUUUUGGAAAUUCAAUUGCCAGCUAUCCACAAUAUGCUUCAAUAUUACCAAGUAAUGACUUCAAAGUUAAUAUUGAUCACUAUCCUAAUGUUACACUAAGUAAUUUUAGAAGUGGAAUGAGUAGUUUUGAUUUCUCAGUCUAAUUUUUAGAUGAAUUCAAGAAUCUUGUCUAAUAAAUUAAUCUACAAGAUCAGACUUUAACGUAAUCGCUAAGCCAGAAGCUAAUUUAAGAAAUUAGCCAAUACAAUUGCAGGGUACAAAUAAAUCAAAUAAGUACCUCAUUAGAAGAAGAAACUAUAAAAAUAGAUGGAGCAACACUAGUAGAUUAUGCUUAUCAUGGCAAAAACAAGAUUGGAUGUUUAAUGAAUAAUUUUAAAAUAACAGGAAUUCCAACAAAAAGUGGUUUAAUUUCAUUACAACUAAAUGGAAUGAAAUCACUUUAUGGAUCAAAUUAAUUUAGUAAUAUUACAGAUAUUUAAAUUAAUGUAUAAUUUAGAGAGUGCUAAGUUGGAGAGUAUUAUACCUCAACAUGUGAUGGAUGCUAGCUCUAUGAGUGCACUUAAUGUUUAAAUGGUACUUAUUCUCUAGAGGAGCCCAAAAUAGGAAAGAGUAUUGAGUGCAAAACUUGUGAUACUUCUCAAACUAAUUCUUGCUUUCUCAAUUAAAUAGUAUUAAAAUAAAAUUACUGGAGAGUGAGCAAUCAAUCUGAUUAAAUAUUUUUUUGUAAUUCUAAUAACUGUAAUGGUAAUGAAUCAAAAGGAUAUUGCAUCGAAGGGUAUGUUGGAGCUUUGUGCUCAUCUUGUGAUAAUUAUGGAAAAAUUUGGGGAAUAUAGUAUGGAUAAAGUUAAGUAGGUAGUUAAGGUAUUUAAUGUAUUAGGUGUGAUUAAAUAAAGGAUAACGCAUACAAGCAAAUUUUGGUUCUUUUAUCAGUUUUAUUCUAUUUGGGAUUUUUAAUUGUUGAAUCCUAAAAUAAUAACUGUAAAAUGUGCUAAAUUAGAAUUCUUUCUUCAAUUAAUGUUAUUUAAUUUGGAAUUUCUUAAUUUAUUCUUUAAUCAUCUGUCAUAUCAAAAAUAUUUAUCAAUUAAUUUUACAUCAUUACAUCUUUAAAAGAAAAUCUAUAAGUUAGUUUCCCUGAUUUAUUCUCUUUCUUAUUCACUUUCCCAGAAGUAGCUUCAUAACCUGUACUUGUCUUUUUAUAUUCCUUAGACUGUAGUCUAAGCUCAAUACAUACUUAAAUUCCAAUUUAAUAUUUGAGGUUUAUUUAUAUUUCGAUUGUUCUCCCUCUAACCUUUUUGAUUCUUAUCUACAUUAUGAUGAAAUUAAUCAUACAUAUUCUAAAUUAUGUAAAGCCAAAAGAAGCCUACUAUUCGGAAAUAAAAUAUAACAAUGUAAAUAUGCUUAUAAGCACUCUAAUUGUUUUUACUUACCUUGCUUCAUAAAAUAUUUACUAAGCAGCUCUUUAGAUAGUUUUUUGCCAAAAAUUUGAUAAUUAAUAUUACAUGAAAAGCUAAAUGGAUUAAUAGUGCUACACUUAAGAGCAUAUUUUCUACAUAAUCUUUUUAGUUUUACCUGUUUUGAUACUAGUGACUGUCAUAUAUCCUUUGGUCAUGUUGUACAUUUUAUGUAAAAACAGUUCUAAACUCUUUGAUAACACCUCUACUAAUGUUAUAAGGAGAUAUGGUUAUUUCUUCUAAGGAUAUAAGAAAAAUAGGUGGUGGUGGGAACUUUUAAAAACAGAAUACAAAUUUAUAGAAUUACUAUUAGCCACUUAUUUUACUUCUUAACCUGUUAAUCAGCUUAUCUCAAUCAUAUUUGUAUAGCUUGUUUACUGUGCCUUAUUGACUUACUUCUCUCCUUACUAAGAUAAUAAAAUAAAUAUUUUGGAGCUCAAAUCUUCAAUAUUAACUUUACUUAUCUUUUGGUUAUCUUUAUUUAUAUAAUUAAAUUCUAAUAUGAUUACUUUAACAUAAAUAGCUUCAGCUCUUUUAGUUACAACUAUGAUCAUUUUAUUUGAGUGGGUUAAAAAAUAUGUUUUUAAAAAUUAUUGGAUCUUAUAUAAUUUAAUUUAUAAAAACGACUAUAAUCCUUUUGCAACUUUUAAUAAUUGGAGAAAGCUUAGAAAUAUCUUUUUAAAAGGAGAUUUUAAAAUAAUUGAGAUAUAAAAACUCUAAAACCGUAUAAGCAAGCAAAGUGUAUCUAACUUAAAUUCAUCUCCGCGUUAAAAAUCAAAUUUUUUUGGAGAGAAUAGUUAGAAUUCUUUAAUAAAAACGAACUCUAUUGGCAAUAAAAACAAUGACUUUAUACUUGAAGAUACUCUUUUAAAAGAUAAUAGUCCAAUUUAAAACUAGGUUAAAAGAUCCAGCUAAUUUUAUAAAUAAUUAGAAUUUUAAAAAAUUAUCAAUUUAUGA